CUCCCUCGCCCGCUGCCCCGGCCUAGCGGCUCCGCGCACGCGCGUGUGGCUUCCGGCUCAUCCGCCCCGCCUCUCGGCGCACGCGAGGCCCGGCGGGCGCGCGCGCGGCGCGGAGGGGGCCGCGUGUGGCCGCGGCGCACUCCCCUCGCUGCCGGCCGCCAUGGUGCUGGAGAGCCUCGCCCGCAUCGUUAAGGUCCAGCUGCCCGCCUACCUCAAGCGCCUGCCGCUGCCCGAGAGUGUCGGCGGCUUCAUCCGCCUCACAGUUUCAGAAUGGCUGCGGUUACUGCCUUUCCUGGGUGUGCUGGCCUUGCUCGGUUACCUUGCUGUUCGUCCGUUCCUCCAUAAGAAGAAACAACAGAAGGAUAGCUUGAUUAACCUCAAGAUCCAGAAGGAAAAUCCAAAAGUAGUGAAUGAAAUAAACAUUGAAGAUCUGUGCCUCACUAAAGCUUACUGCAGGUGUUGGCGUUCCAAGACGUUCCCUGUCUGUGAUGGCUCCCACAACAAGCACAAUGAAUUAACAGGAGAUAACGUGGGUCCACUAAUACUCAAGAAGAAAGAAGUAUAGCAGAUGCUUAAUCCACUAAAUCAUGACUGAUAAAAAGUCUUUUUAUACUAUUGUAGUUGGAAGGGACAGCAGUUUAUGAUGUGAUUUGUAUGAUUUAGUCUUAUGAUUGCUGUAGAUUUCUUUUUGGAAUAAACUGCAUUUAGACAGUGCUAAAUCUGUCACUGUCUUGAUAAUUUAUUCUGAGAAGAACUAUUUCUGCUUUGUAAAACUGUAAAGUAACUAUCUCUGUAAAUAAGUCAUUUAUUUAAAAAAUAAAAUGACUUCUUACAAUUAAGCCUAUUUUGUAUGAGCAUUCAAUUAUAAAACUGUCACUAUUUCCAAAUGCACUUUUGUUUUGCUCAGACUUGUUUGGCUGAGAAGCCGUGUUUUAAUUCUGCUUUCCAGGAAAAAAUUUAGGUGCGCUUCAAUGGGAGAAAAAGAGUAUUAAAUUCAUCCUUUGUGAAUAUACCCAAAUGUACUAUUGAGUGCUGGCAGCACAGCCAUGUUAAUUACCUGCUAGGAUCUGCUUGGUCAUGUCUUGCCCCUGGAUGACUUUUGUAACCUAAUUUGGAAGCCCUGCACAAAGGGAUAGAUUUGCCCCUAAUGCUAAUGAAGACCCGGACUGAGGCAGUUGACCAAGUCUUCACAGUCUUGAGGCAAAAUCAGGGGAAGCUAAACUUGGCAGGACAUGACAUGCCUUUUUACUCUUAUGGCAACAGAAUUGUGUCCUUUGAUUAUGAAUUUGGACAAUAGAUAAAACACACUACAAAUAAACUUGUAAAACAUACAUUUAGAGAAAGGUGUCUGACUUAUGGCAACUAUAAGACAAAGUAAAUGUACUUGAAGUAUGGGUGGCACAAA